AGAUAUUUUAGAGUGAGAAAGAGAAAAUUUUAGAGAGAGAAAGAAGCAAGAAAGAAGGAGCAAAAGGAGGAGUUUUGCAAGCUUUUUCAAGGAAUUUCUAGAAGCCUUUUCCUCUACUUUCAAAAGAAUAAGUCGACUCAAUUACGAUAAGGGAUUCUUUAGUAUUUUCAUCUAUAUUUCUAAGUGCUCUUUUUAGUUAAUUAAUUAGGUGAAAUUGGAUAUUUAUUGAAAUGAAUUUCUAUGCUUGUUUAGUGAUUUAUGUUUUAUAAUCAUUUAUGAUAAAUGUGUUAAAAUGACGAUUUGAGAUACAUGUGGAAUUGACCCUUUAUCUUAUAAUAGGUAAUGGCAAAAAAGGUUGUUCUAAAGAGCUCAACUUUAAAGAAUAUUCUGAUGGUCAAAUCCGUGUAAAAUGGGCCUUUGGCCGUAUAUGUAAUUGAACCUCCAUCAGGUUCUGGAUAUGAGGUAUGAUACAUGAUAGUGUGCCGUUUGACUAUGAUGCGUGAAUUCCUACAAGGAUUGAUGUUUGGUAUUAUUGAACAGGUUAGUUUGAUGUAUAAGUCUCUAGAGUGAUUGAUCAUUGUUAACCAUAGAAAUAUUGAACAUACUGCAUGAAAAUAUGAUUAUUGAAAUUGCAUGAGGGUUUAGCCCUUCGCUUUACCUGGGUAAUGGUAAAUAGGGUUAUUUUAAUAGACCUUGGUUCAAAAGGAUGACCCAAAGGUUAAGUCCGGGUAAAAUUGGUCUUCAGACCAGAUACGUGAAAUGAGCCUUCAAGCUGGAUACGUGAAAUGAGUCUUUGGGCCAAAUAUGAGCCUUCAGACUAUUAUCAAAAAUAAAUUAUUAAACGAGCAUAAAAAUCCAUUUUAAUAAAUAUUCAUUUUCACCAAAUUAAUUAACUAAAAAGAGCACUUAAAAAUGUAGAUAAAAAUAAUAAAGAAUCUCUUACCAUAACUGUGCCAAUUUAGUCUUUUGGAAGGGAAGAAAAGAACUUCUAGCAUUCCUUAGUCAAGCUCCUUAAACUCCUACUUUUUCUCCUUCUUUACUGCUUUUUUCUCUCUCUAAAACUCUCUCUUUCUCACUCUAAAAUUUCUCUAUUGAAAGUGAAAAUGAAAGAAGAAAUAAAGUGUGAGAAAUGAGGAAAAAGAGAGCCUUUAAAUAGGCAUGGAGAAGGUUUGGAUGUGCACCACAUGGAAAGCAUCCGAGAAAGAAGAGUAAAGGUGGUGAGGUGGUGAGGUGGUGAGGGAUGGAUGUCUUCAGGACCUCUAAGCCAUGGGGAAUUCAAUGCGAAGCAGACAUGACUCAGCACUGUGAUCUUCCAGUUCAUGUUAAUGGCCAAUACACAUUCUUCGUUCAGGAGCGGAUAAUAUCUUCGUAUUCAACAAGGUUGAAGAAGAUGGUGAAGCAAGCUAAGAGAAGAACCCAGAUCAAGAGUUCGGGUAUUGAAAUCGAUGAUUAUCCGGGAGGCCCAGAUGGGUUUGAGCUUGUUGCAAGAUUCUGUUACAACAAUGGCAGAAUCAAUAUCACAGUUUCGAAUAUUUCGGUUCUUCAUUGCUGCGCAGUUUAUCUGGGUAUGACUGAGAAGAUGUCAACUUUCAAUCUCCUGCAACAGACACAAAUAUUUCUCGAAGGGAUGUUUUAUUGGUCGUGGAAUGAUGUGAUUGUGAGCUUGAAGAGUUGUGAAUCGUUUUUCGAAUAUGCAGAUUCGUGCGGUCUUGUGGAAAAGUUAGUAUGUGCUCUGUUAGCGAAAAUUGCUCAGAAUUCAAACGGAAACUUGUCUGCUGCUUCCCCAUCUUCAUCAUCAUCUUCCUCUGAAACCACUUCUGCUCAUGGGUUUAUGGUAUCUUCCUCCUGCAAGAACACGGUAAUGAAACCCUAUAAAUCAAGCAACAAAUGGUGGUUCGAUGACAUGUCAAAGCUUCCCCCGAAAAUUGUUGAAAAAGUGAUAAAGAAUCUGGGGGCUUAUGGGACCGAUAACAACAGCUUAAUCCUUACGAGGUUUCUCCUCCAUUACCUGAAAAGAAGAGUUCAAAGCAAAUGUUGCGCGGAAUCUGAAAUGAACUCAGUAAGUGAAUACAGUGGCCUUGCAGGCACAGCUGUUCAUGGGGUGAUUUCAAUUGGGCACAAUGCGUUUUCGUACAGGAACCUCUUCUGGGUAUUGGGGCUUGUGUCUGGUUUCAGGCUGAGUAGAGACUGUAUAGUUGGACUUGAGAGAUUGAUUGGGGGUAUGCUUGAUCAGGCAAAGCUUGAUGACUUACUGAUCUCUGGGCGUGAUGGGGGUGUUUAUGAUGUGGGCCUGGUAAUAAGAUUGUUAAGAGUAUUUGUUAAUAAAGAAGUGGUGUGUGUACAGAAGAUGAAGAUGGUUGGCAGACUUGUAGAUAAGUACUUGGCUGAAAUAUCUCCAGAUCACAACUUGAACAUCUCCAAGUUUCUUGGGGUUGCAGAGAGUUUACCAGAUUCAGCUAGAGAUUGCUUUGAUGGAGUCUACAGAGCCAUUGAUAUCUUUCUUGAGUCCCACCCGGCUCUGUCAUUCAAGGAGAGAUCAAGAUUAUGUAGAUGCCUCAAUUAUGGGAAGCUGACGCUGGAAAGUUGUAAAGACCUGGCGAAGAAUCCAAGAAUCCCUCCAAAUAUUGCAGUUGAGGCACUAAAGUCUCAACAAUCAAAAAUAUCAACAACUGAGUAUAUUUAUGAGAGUCCACGAAAGAGUAAUAAUUCUGACAUGAUCAUCUCAAUCACCGGAAUCAAUGCAGCCGAUGAGAGUUUCUCAGAAGAGAGUGAAGAUAUGAAGAUGAAUCUGCAAAGAAUGCAAUGGAGAGUGGUGGAGUUGGAGAGGGUGUGUAAGGAGAUGAAGAAUAAUAUGUCAAGGUUGGUGAGGCAUGGUGCCACUGCUACUACUCCAGUUCACAAUAGAACUUUGCUAAGACUAUGUUGACAUGACACUCAAUUCAGUUUUCUACUCUUUCUCCGUACAUGCCGAUAUCUUUCCAAGUGUAAAACAUCAAAUUCUCAGGUUAUACUCAACUAUUAUAUCCAAAUUUCACCAUACGAUUAGCUUUGUCUUUUGAUUA